UUUGACAUCUUGCUAGAGUUGUCUUGUCGUUCAUACUGUGAUCAUAUUGGUGUUACACCUUGAUCAUACUAAAAUGGUUGGUAGUACCCACAAAUGUGGACAACCAAACUGCUUGUUCCCUGUGGAGGAGGGAAUGCAGUGUGACGAAUGCAAUAAAUGGUUCCACAAAAUGUGCACCCGUUUAAGUCCCACUGCAUAUAAAAGAUGUUCGAAGCCUAACUCACAUUGGCUUUGCAUGUUUUGCUGUGCCAACAAGGCAUUGCUAAUACAGGAGGCUAUGAGCCUAUUGGCUUUGGCCUGUAAGAAGAAUGAUGGCAAAUGUGCCGACAACACGGGCACUGACAGUGACGAAUGUGUCAGUGUUGUUACGCAACGCCUCAAAAAACCGACUCUGAACGACGCAAAAGUGAAAUCUCCGUUGAUAUUAACAGGGGGAGUAGUACCACCUAGUACUGACAUUGUUAAUCAUGCACCUUUAGUGGGCACCGACGAUCUGGAUAAAACAGUCACCGUUCCAAAUAGUCCCAGUGUUACUAGGGAUGAAAAAUGGACUACGGUACGUAGAAAACGAAAUGAAAAGAAAAAAGCUGUAAGCAGUACACAGGUAGUUAGUAACUCAAUGGUGGACUCAAAUUGUGAGCCACAAGUUGCACUACCAAGAUCUGAUCGUAAGAGUGAAACCCAUCCUGGCGUAACUGAGAAGAAAAAUCUAAUAACAUCGAAUAUUAUUGUGAGCAAAUUGCGGGAGUCAAGUGACCCUGAUCCGAAAGUUGGACACGCGCAUGACUUAGAAAAGCUAGGAGAAUACAUUCGUAGUAUUUUACCAGAUAACUCCAAAGGAGUUCAGGUUAAAAAGUUAGUAAGAAUAGGCAAGAGGACCGAGGACAAUGUUGAACCCCGUCCAUGCAGACUCCUUAAGGUAAUCCUAGGAUCGGAGAAGCAACGGGAUCUCUUGUUAAGUAGCGCUCGUUGUCACGACAAUUCUGACAUCCGAGUUAGGCCUGAUAUAUCUCUCGAAGAUAGAAUAAAAAGGAAGAAAGCACUAGCUGAACUUGAAACCCGUCGGCAAAACGGCGAGGAAAAUCUCCGGUUAGUGGGUUUUCGGAUAGUCAGGUCUUGGAAGCGAAUGCUACCAAGGCCUGUGUGGAUAGGCUGUUCUACUUAGGAGUUUUAUAUGCCAACGCUCGUAGUCUACGAAAUAAGUUCUAUGAACUAGAAGCACUAGUGGACAGGGUAAAGCCACUCAUAGUAGCAGUGACAGAAACUUGGUUAGUCGAUGACUUAGACAUUACUCCAGAAUUAUCCGGAUAUCACUGCAUCAGGAGUGACAGACAUAG